UUCAUUUUAGGAGCCAUUCCGUAGUGCCAUCCAGAGCAACGCACUGCCGCAGCUCCUCUGAGCCUUUCCAGCAAGUUUGUUCAAGAUUGGCUGUCAAGAAUCAUGGACUGUUAUUAUAUGCCUUGUUUUCUGUCAAGACACCAUGAUUCCUGGUAACCGAAUGCUGAUGGUCGUUUUAUUAUGCCAAGUCCUGCUAGGAGGCUCGAGCCAUGCUAGUUUGAUACCUGAGACGGGGAAGAAAAAAGUCGCCGAGAUUCAGGGCCACGCGGGAGGACGCCGCUCAGGGCAGAGCCAUGAGCUCCUGCGGGACUUCGAGGCUACACUUCUGCAGAUGUUCGGGCUGCGCCGCCGCCCGCAGCCUAGCAAGAGCGCCGUCAUCCCAGAUUACAUGCGGGAUCUUUACCGGCUCCAGUCUGGGGAGGAGGAGGAGGAAGAGCAGAUCCAUAGCAUCGGUCUGGAGUAUCCUGAGCGCCCAGCCAGUAGGGCCAACACCGUGAGGAGCUUCCACCACGAAGAACAUUUGGAGAACAUCCCAGGGACCAGCGAAAACUCUGCUUUUCGUUUCCUCUUUAACCUCAGCAGCAUCCCAGAGAACGAGGUGAUCUCCUCUGCAGAGCUUCGACUCUUCCGGGAGCAGGUGAACCAGGGCCCUGACUGGGAGCAGGGCUUCCACCGAAUAAACAUUUAUGAGGUUAUGAAGCCCCCGGCAGAAGUGGCGCCUGGGCACCUCAUCACACGACUACUGGACACGAGACUGGUCCACCACAAUGUGACACGGUGGGAAACUUUUGAUGUGAGCCCUGCGGUCCUUCGUUGGACCCGGGAGAAGCAGCCGAACUACGGGCUGGCCAUUGAGGUGACUCACCUCCAUCAGACACGGACCCACCAGGGCCAGCAUGUCAGGAUUAGCCGAUCGUUACCUCAAGGGAGUGGGGAUUGGGCCCAGCUCCGGCCCCUCCUGGUCACUUUUGGCCAUGAUGGCCGUGGACAUGCCUUGACCCGACGCCAGAGGGCCAAGCGGAGCCCCAAGCAUCACCCACAGCGGGCCCGGAAGAAGAAUAAGAACUGCCGGCGCCACUCACUUUAUGUGGACUUCAGCGAUGUAGGCUGGAAUGACUGGAUUGUGGCCCCACCAGGCUACCAGGCCUUCUACUGCCACGGGGACUGCCCCUUUCCACUGGCCGACCACCUCAACUCAACCAACCAUGCCAUCGUGCAGACCCUGGUCAACUCUGUCAACUCCAGUAUCCCCAAAGCCUGUUGUGUUCCCACCGAACUGAGUGCCAUCUCCAUGCUGUACCUGGAUGAGUAUGACAAGGUGGUACUGAAAAAUUAUCAGGAGAUGGUAGUAGAGGGAUGUGGGUGUCGCUGAGAUCAGGCAGUCCUUGGGGACAUACACGUUCCCGUCCACUCAUCCACACACUACACAGACUGCUUCCUUAUAGCUGGACUUUUAUCUUAAAAAAAAAAAAAAAGGAAAAAAAACCUAAACAUUCACCUUGACCUUAUUUAUGACUUUACGUGCAAAUGUUUUGACCAUAUUGAUCAUAUAUUUUGACAAAAUAUAUUUAUAACUACAUAUUAAAAGAAAAAAUAAAAUGAGUCAUUAUUUUAAAGGUA